GGUAUUAUCAAAGAAUAAAAAAGCCAACAGUGGUCACUGAGGAUGAACCCAGUAAAACACAUGUGUAGAAUAUAGGUUCCUUAAACGCGUUUUCUUCCCUAAUACGAAUAAUUUAUUAUGUUUGAGCCCCACGUUGAGCUAUUACAUAGUAGGAGCUUGGUGGAAUGGGCAUGGAUGGGUCAUAGUGCUGGAAAAAGCAUGGCUCGUGGGCACGAUGAUGUUGAUCUGCCCAUGUUCCCUUCAUUCCUGGGCCAAUUGUAGGUAUCAGUUUCUACUUUCCUUUUUGGCCCUCGUGGGUCUCUGGCUGAAAGAGUUGCGUCUGACCCAGGAAGAGGGGUUUGGAGGGCAAGGGAGACUGAAUCCAGGUUCUUUGCUCUUUCAGAGGCUGGUGUCGUUUAAAGAUGUGGCUGUGUAUUUCACCGAGGGCCAGGGCGCCCUCCUGGAUCCAACCCAGAGAGCUUUAUACAAAGAGGUCAUGGUGGAGAAUUAUGAAAACGUGGCCUCCCUAGGGUUUCCUGUUCCAAAGCCUAAUCUCAUCUCUCGUCUGGAACGAGGAGAAGAACCCUGGUUGCUGGAUUCUCAAGGGGGAUUGAGAAAAAAGAACUGUUGUCGAAAGUGUGGAAAAUCCUUUGUUCAGAAGUCGGAUCUUGCUAUACAUCGACUGCUUCACAAGGGAGAGAAACCUUUUAAAUGCCUGGAAUGUGCAAAGUACUUUGUCCAUCACUCAGAGCUUGUGAAACACCAGCGCGUCCAUACAGGAGAGAGACCUUUUAAAUGCUUUGAGUGUGGAAAGUGUUUUUCACGGCAGUCUGUCCUUGUGAACCAUCACCGAAUCCACACCGGAGAAAAACCUUAUCAGUGCCUGGAGUGCGUGAAAUGUUUUACUCAGAGAUCACAACUCAUCCGACACCGAAGAGUCCACACAGGGGAGAAACCUUAUAAAUGUCUGGAGUGUGGGAAAUGUUUUGCCCGUCACUCGGUUCUUAUCAACCACCAGAGAGUCCACACUGGAGAAAAACCGUACAAAUGCUUACAGUGUGCCAAAUGCUUUGCACGUCAAUCAGUCCUUGUGAGUCAUCAAAGGGUCCACACUGGAGAGAAACCCUACAAAUGUCAGGAGUGUGGCAAACGGUUUGCUCAUCAGUCAAACCUGGUCAAUCAUCAGAGAAUUCACACCGGGGAGAAACCCUACAAAUGCGUGAAAUGUGGAAAAAGUUUUGCCCAACAAUCAGAUCUUGUGAAACACAGGAGAAUCCACACAGGGGAGAGACCUUACAAAUGCCCAGAAUGUGGGAAGUCUUUUGCUAUCCAUUCAGAUGUGGUGAAUCACCAGAGAGUCCAUACAGGGGAGAAGCCCCAUAAAUGCCUGGAGUGCGGGAAGUGUUUUGCUCAGCGUUCAGCUCUCGUGAGUCAUCAAAGAGUCCACACGGGAGAAAAGCCGUACAAGUGCCUGGAGUGUAAGAAAUGUUUUGCUCAGCUAUCCAAUCUUGUGAAACACCAGCGAAUCCACACAGGAGAGAAACCCUAUAAAUGCUUAGAGUGUGGGAAAUGUUUUCGACGGCGUUCCCACCUUCACGUACAUCACCGAGUUCAUUCUAGGAGUCAGAUCCUAUGACUAACUUAAGUGGGACGAUGGCUUUGAAGAGCAGUGAAAUGUUAAUUCAGUAUGGAAUGGCUGACUCAGAUGGAAUACGUUCUGAAUAAUUCACAUUUAGUUAAAAAAAAAAAAAAAGGUUCUUGAAAAUCAUGCUUAAUUGAUGCCGUGGAGGAAGACAGAUAUACGGAUAACAGAAGAAAUAUUGAAGACAGAUGUAGAACUGAAUGAGGGGAAGGACUGUCUUCUGAGUUUUAAUGACAGCUGUAUGUGGAGCAGUUGAUUCAGUUUUCCAUGUUGUUCCUCCCACAAAGUUUUGGGUUAAUUGGUUGGUCCAUUGUUUAUCCUUCUUCAUAUGGAAAUAACAACUCCCAAAUGUUUUAAAAUAGCAGCACAUCUAGCAACAGUGAAGUGUGUAAAUGUUCUUGUGUGGGUGCUACUGAACUGGUGCUUUCUACAGCUUUUUUUUCCUGGUUCAAACUGGAACCAACAUUGUGGGGGGGGGAGUCUUUCUAAGAAGGAAACAGUGGUUGGUAUUGAAGGAUAGUGGGAGCCCUUCCAAAUCACUGCCUCGUUGCUCUA